AUGGGUCCGAAGAGAAAAGACUUCCUGAAGCCAGGCAAGCCGAAAGGCAAGCUGAAGGCGCCCGAUCCACAGACCGAGAACGACUUCCUGGAAGCUGCAGACGAGCACGAACAAGCUGCAGGCAAGUGGCGGGCUGGCGACGCUGCCAAAGCAACCCGUUUCUUCAAUCGUGCCAUCGACACUUACAAUGAAGGCCUGAAGCGGCACCCGCAGUCGUUCGACCUGGCCUACAACAAAGCAAACUUAGAAUACAGUCUUUCAGAGGAUGAGAGAAUUCUACCCCAUCUGGGAAGCAGGACAGCAUUGUUGGAAGAGACCCUCAACUCUCAUCGCCAUGCCAUAUCGUUGAACCCUACCAAUACAGACAUAUUAUUCAACACUGCACAGGUCCUUACUUCUCUAGCAGAAACUGGCCUAGAAGAUGGAACUCAAGAGAUUGCUAAAGUGCCAGCGAGAACGCUGCUGGAAGAAGCUGUGGACAUCUUCACCGGAUGCCUACAAAAGCAGCAGCAAGAGUAUGAGCAAAUGCAGGCAGAGAUUGCAAAAGCCCAGGCGUCUGGAGAGUACCAAGAGGCAUGGGAAGGUGACCGACCGCAGCCUGCUGAGACUGAAAAGCAGGACGACGCAGAAUCGGCUUCGACGUCACCAGAAGGGCCGGGAGACUGGGCCACAGUUGAAGAGCCCGUGACACCAUUGACCAUUCUUGAGACGUGUACUGCGCAGUUGGGAGCUCUUAUUACCCUGCUUGGACUAUACACUCCAGAAGACCUGCCCAGCAUCGAGAAGAAAGCCCAGGACGGUCUCCUGACGGCAACAGAAAUCAUCCCUGCUCUGAUAGACAUCAUCGAUGCAUCGCCAGAGUCGGAUUCCGAGGAAGAAACCGAAGCAGGACCCACACUGUCCAUAGGACAAUCAUCUGCAGCAGAAGAAGCCUCAACAACACCCAAAGAAGACGCACUUCUUGCUGCAGCAAACUUCCAGGCCAGUAUUGCAGAAGCCAUGUGCCGCAGCGGCAGAAGCACAUCGGCACAAUACGCACAACAGGUUGAGCAGACAUUCGCUCUACUGAUCAAAGAAUCCCAAGGGACUAAAAGCCCCGGGCUUGCGUACAUCAACAUUCGAUCGUCGUACGCAGACGCACUCAUCGACCUUGCUUCCUCGAUAGCAGACAAUCUACAGUACACCACCUCGUCACCCACCUUCAUCUCUGAUCUGGAGCUCCAAUGGACCGCGCUAUCGCAAGCCCAGCAGACACUGACCGAAGUCUCCUCGCCACCCUUCUCCUCUCUGCUGUCGCCAUCCCGUCUAGCAGACAUCUUCCUAGCCCGCGGCGACACAGAGCUCUUCCGCUUCCGCCUCGCAACCACGCCGGGCGCGAAACAAGCAUGGGCAAACAGCAACACCGUUGUGGUAGCCAACGCCGGCGUGUUUUACCGUGGCGCCAGAAGCUACGCGCAGAACGCAGGCGCUGCGGCAACACGUGGCAUCGCCGACGCAAAGGCGAUCGUAGCAGAGAUCCUGAAAGAAGUGGCGAGUGGUUCGAACACAAGAAAGGAGGGCUGGAAAGGCAGAAGCGCGGAAGUUGCGGCCGUGCUGGGCCAGAUGGUAGAAGAGGGCAUCGUCGCCGAGGAGAACGCACAGGGUGUGUUGAGAUUUGCAGAGUGA